GCGACGAUUUAGGUGUAUUCUAUUUAAAAAACGCGUUAAGAUUCUGACGGAAGAAAUUCGACGAUGCAUCGUAUAUGUUAUUUACCUGGAUUGCGCUGUAUCCCGAGUUAUCAACAGCACAUUUUCAGAUGCACUCAUUAUACAAGUAUUUUUUCUGCGUCCACCGCUCGACACCUUUGCUCCUCUGCCAUCCUUCAUUCUAGACCUCUGAGAAGCCAGGAAUACCUAGUUCAUGUAACUCGAAGGUCAUCUCUGAACGCAAUAGCAAAUAAGGUUCGGCCACUCUCAGUGCAGAAUGCAGUCCGCAGUUAUUCCUCGUCCUCUAGCCCGUCUGAAUAUGGAAAGCUCAUUUACACUGGAAACCUGGGCAAAGCUGUCCUUGGUGUGAAGUUUUUCUCCUACUCGAGCAGCAUGUUCAGUCUUUGCGUGAUGCCGUACGUCUUAAUGAAGACGGGCAUUGGAGUUGAGAGUUUCGCCUUGAAAGUAAUCUUCUGUACCUUCAUUGGGUUUUUCACCUUCAUGACACCGGUACUUCUUCACCUACUCACCAAAGGCUACGUGCUGCGUCUGUACCACAACGAAGAGACAGACACGUACACCGCCAUCACCUACAGUGCACUUCUGGUGGAGAAAAAGACUGUGUUUCACCAGAAGGACGUCAGAAUACCCAGCGUCAGUCAGAUGUUCACCAGUUUUUAUGCCAAGAAUCAUUCCAUGCUCGUGAAUCCAAUGAAUUUCCCAUUGCCCCAAGACUACAACCAUCUCAUGGGCUAUGAUCAGCCCUUCUCCUUUGACUUGGAUGAAGUAAACAAACCGGAUAAAAACUGAUUUGUAGCUUUAAAAAUCAAAUACUGCACGUUUCAUAUGUUCUGGGACAUACCUUGCUGAUGUGCAAAUACACGAUUGUCCCUGAAGUUAGUACAGGAUGUCACUUUGUUUAGUGCAGAAAAGCCUCUUUUGUGAAUAAAGUAUGCGAAUAAA